AUGUAUAUAGCUACAGACGAAGGACCACUUAUCAGAGUUUCAAUCAAUAAAAUGUCUGAAGUUGGCUUGUUCGGUUCAUGGGCAGAGGAGAAUAAUGACUUUCAGAAAACUAACAAUAUUACUCACUUAUUAGAUGAAGAUCCAGAGAUUUUCGAUGGGUCUAGUCUCUUUCCUCAUUUCUGUAAUCUUUGGAGAAAUCCUCAGAUAUCUUUGUCAGAAAUUCCUGUUCAAUAUGUCGAUGCCUGCCAUAAAAUUGUCCGAAGAUUGCCUAAAAUAUUUACGCAACUUUCUCAUCGUAAAGGGUUACCUAAUAUCCGUAGCGUAACAGAAAUGAUCAACCUAGAAAGAAAUACAUGGAGUCUUAUCUCCAAUAUUUACCUGGAUCGUUUCGAAUCCGAGUCCAAGACUAGAAAAGCUGAAGGCAAUGACUUAUCUAGUUUAAAUCAUUCUGAACGGGAGAUAAUUCGACUAUUAUAUGAAAAAGAUAAUGAACUUCGUGAAACACAAAUAUUAAUUGAUUGGCUAGAACAGAUGGUUCGAGAACAAAUUGAAGAAGUCGCUGAAAAAUAUGAAUGUUUAUUCAAUCAAACAACUGCUUGGGAAAACACAGCUCACCUAUUGGAUUACCUUUCAGAAUCGGAGCUUUCGAAACGUCGUUUAGUUAAAGAAUUACAUCCGGAUACUGUAAUAUUUACUGGCAGUGAAUUGGAUCAAAAAGAUCAAAUUGAAAAUGAUCGAUAUCUGAAUUAUUUGUUUUUAUGUCUUCGUGGUGGAGAUCUUCAUCGUGCUCAACUUCUUUGUACACAACGUGGAGAGUAUUGGCGAGCUAUUUCAUUCGAAGGAUGGCGUCCAUUUCACUAUUCUGGAUUUAUUGAAAGUGAAUCAAAUCAAUUGGAAAAGUUAUCCAAAGAAGAUGAACAAAUUACUCAAUCCAAACCAUUCUAUAUGAAAUUAAGCGUUGAAGGCAAUCCAAUGAGAAUUUUGUAUAAAUCUGUAUGUUGGUGGAAUUCAGAGAAUAUAAAACUAAGGUCAUUUGAACGAGCUAUAUAUGCAACUUUAUCUGGAAAUUUAGAAGUGCUGUCACAAGUUUUACCUGCUUCAUGGAUGGACCAAACUUGGGCACAUUGUCGAGCCUUAGUAGAAGCUCGUGUUGAUUCCAGUCUACGUAGUCUGUUGAAUACUGGUCCAAGAGCUGAUACAUUGGCAGUGACGGGAAAAACUUCAAAGUAUUGGCCUCUAGAUGGUGGUUUAAGCUUACCAGAUUCAGCUUGGUCACCAGGUGAUUGGACCCUGUCAGAUGCAUUUGCACGUGUUGAUGCUCGUUUAGGUUGGUCAGCUGUUGGUUGCCUGGAAAAAUGUAGUCUACGCAUGAAAUCAGUACUGCGUUCAGCAAUGAAUGAUUUCCUAGUGGAUGAUACAUCUUACCUAUACGCAAAUGAUGAUGCAGACAGUAAUGAUCUUCAAUCACCAUCAGUUUAUGCUAUUGUCUAUUGUAUUUUCUAUGCUGUACAACAGACUAUAAUGUUAAGAAAUUAUGAUUCCUUCCUGACAAAAUUAGCAAAUAUUAUGCCGAAAUUGGUAUCUUAUAGUCUAGGCAAUGGUAUUGUUUCAGAAAUGAGUCCACUACAACCUCCAGAUUUCAGUCGUGUCGGGAAUAUUGAUCAAGUUGUGUGUCAUACUCUCAGAUUUCUAACUCAUUUUAUCCUUUUCUUAAAAUCUGCAGAAUCAGAUAUUCAGGAUGAACCGUGUUCAGAAAUUAUCAAAGCUUAUCUCUGCUUUUUAAUGGUGAAUAAAGAAACUGAUCUGGUUGCUUACUAUACUUCUACACUACCUAAUAAAUCAUUACAAAUCCAAUGGUAUUCAUGGUUUUUAGCAGAAAUUCAUCAACCUUCUGUACGUGAACAUUGUCUUUCAUUAGCAAUAAAAUAUGAAUUUGAUGUAUGCAAGGUGACUAGAGAAAUUGUUAAACUUCUAAAACAAAGAAUAUAUUCAUCAAGUGAACAAAUUUUCACUACAAAUCAAUUGAAUUCAAUUUAUACAAAUGAUAUAUUAAAUACAAAUGAAUUUGUAACUGGACUAUUACUACAGCAUAACAGCGAAGAAAUGAAUGAAUUAACUGAAAUGGAUAAACGACAAAUUUCUAUAAUGAAUUGGUUAUUCUAUGAUCCUACACAACGUGGUGAAGGUUUAUAUAUUGCAAAUAGUCUUUUAAGAGGUUUCAUUGCAAUACGCUCUUUUAAAGCUGCUCAACAGGUUCUCUGUAAACUGCCACCUGGUACAUUGGAACACGCUAAAAUAAUAUGCGAAAAGUCUAAUUCCCCAAAUUGGCUUGUCAAUACAAUUCGGGAGCAUGAAUGUUUUGUACUAUAUUUGAAAAGUCGAGAUGCAUUUGCUGAAUGGUAUCAACAGGUACACCUAAACCGUCCUGUACAACCGUCUUCACUGACAACAGGAAAUGCCAACGAUUUCACGCAUACAACAUAUGGUCCUCGAGGUCUAGCACAGCGUUUAGCUGUUGAAGAAGCUAAGAAAGAAUAUUUAGCUCGUCUUGAACGCUGGCGACAUGAUACACGCUUAGAUACACAAGUUGCAGCUGAAAAAUUAACAGCAUUGUUAACUUACCCUCAACCUGGUUGGUUAGUUGAUAUAGAAGAUGAAGACGAAAGUAAUGGUUAUUCUGAUCGAGGAACAACAACAACAACAACAACAACACCAAGAACAACACUAAAUCAUAAUAAUACUGAAGAACAAAAUCAUCUAGACAAUAUGGUGUGCAAUGAUGAUAAUGAUGAUGACAAUGAUGAUGAUGAUGAUGAUGAUAGAGUUUUACGUCAAACAAAUUUAAUCGAAAGUGAAGAAGAUCCUAUUAGUGGAUUAGGCGAAAAUACAACUUCACGUCAAUUACAAAUGAAUAAUCUACGUGAAACAUGCCUUACUGAGACAGUAUUUCUUCUUAUUCGACUUUAUCAAACUGUUGGAUUACAUCAGAAAUGUGUUGAAUUGUCCAAUUUAAUUGUGGAUAAUAAUUAUGGUUUAUUCAAGUUGUUUUCCGGAUCACAAUUACAAAAUCUUCUCCGUCAUAUAUCUGAAUCAAUCCAACAUCUUAUUGAUAAUGAACAAGAUCCAUUAGGUUAUGCCUUGUCGACCAACUUAUCGGAAGUCGUAAACGCUGGUUGGAUUUUAUCACAGAAAAGUUUCACAGAAUAUUUAAAGAAGACAGAACAUGAAAAAUUUAAUGAGUUGAUUGAUCUACUGUUAAAUUCGGAUAUACGAGAAUAUGGAUCCCCAUGGUUAGGCGAUUUUAAAAAGUCCAGCCAACUUGAAGCUAAUGGUCGAAUUGUUCAACUCACUCGAUUACGUAACAUCAGUAUUCCACAAGCUGUAGAAGAAAUGAUGUUAACUAAUUCCUCUGAUCAUCGAGGACCUUGUCUCCUACGACUCACUUUUACCGAUGGUCGUAAUACAAUAACUGGUUUAGAUAUGCAGGAUAAAACGGAUUUAAAUAUAGAUAUCCUACCGGGUACAAAAUUUCGCCUGAUGGGUUCGAUUCCUAUAUCGAUGGGAUUUUUACUUUUGUCUAAAAAUCAUCUUAAACUACUUGGUGGUACUGUGAACAAUUUGAUACGUGAAUGGAAUAUGACUAAGUUUCUUAAAGGUACAGAGAAUCGUAAUAUCAGUAGUGGAGCUCCUGCAUUUGUACCAUUUGGUAGUCGUGAAGCUACUGAUUUAAUUCAAACUGAAGGCAAAUUUCUAAAUCAACUUCGAUUAGAUCGUGAACGUAAUCAAAUGAAAUUCGACUCCUUUCAAAUGGCAACAUCUCGUAAUGAAGAACAAGAAGAGAGUGAAUUCCAAGUAAUAUUCAAUGAACAACGGAAAGAGAUAUUGGCUGAACUGAAGUCAUCAACUUCUACUAGUAGUAAUACUGGUGUUGGUGUAAAGCAUCAGAAUAAUAGUGGAUUAUUUUCUGAGCAUUAUAGUGGUAGACGAUUCCGACCAGGUCUAUCGAAAUUCUACGAGAUUCAAUCUCAGAAAUCCAUGGAAUAUGAUAAAGCUAUAGCACAAUUAUUGUCAUUAGGUUAUCCAUUUCAAUUAGCCAGUACAGCAUUAAAAGUUAAUCGUGGUAAUUAUCAAGGUGCUAUUGAUUAUCUCUUGUCCAAUUCAUCAUCUACAUCUAUGCAAAUUGAAGACAAUCCCAUGCAUCAGACAAGUGGUAUUUCAUGUCGUGGAGUAAUUAGAUCUCGUGGCCGAGGAAAUAUUAAUGAACGUGGUUAUCGUGGUCGACCUAAUUCUGUUGAAAAUGAAAAGAUUCCCUCUCGAUUUCACUCAGCAACAGCAAUCAGUAGUACAGUUGAUCUUCCGUGUCGACCAUCAACCGGAUUAACUCGAUUAGAUGAUUUGAUUGUUGAAUCAUCAUUGUCUACACAACAAAGUUCUUAUUCUAAAUCAAGAUCAUAUCAAUUACCUGUUGGUUGUCCAAUUCUAGCACAGAAUAUAUCUGGUGAUUAUGAAGAAGCUCAAUUAAUUGGUUCAUUCUCUUUACAACAGUUUAAUUCAUCUAAUUAUGGUGGUUCAAGUGAAAAAGUUGUACUUGUCGCUUAUUUACAUACUGACAAUACUGGUGAAAUAGUUGCAGAAGAGGAGAUUGUUCCAAUCAGUUUAAUAAGAACAUUGAAUAGAGAGAGGAUUACCUUGGAUAUGUUACCUGUAGCUCCACAUGAUCGGAUAAAACCUUAUUGUAUACAGUCAAAUUCUGAAACUAUGAAUUCUAAUCAGAUUCAUGAUAUUCAAUUUAUGAAUCAAUCAUCAUAUCAACCAGGUAGAGGACGUCGAGGCAAUAAUGGCGGUCGUGCUGGUGAUAAUCGAGUAUUGAGUGGGAGAGGUAGACGUCCACGUGGUAGACAUAAUAUUAAUUAAUCAACGAAAAAUUCUAGUUUCUCUUUUAUCAUGAUAAAUGCUUUGUGUAAUAAUGACGGUGUAUAUACAUAUUUUGGGAGUGUUGAUGUUCUUUUUUUCCCCUUUGCUUUCCUAUCAUUAUUAUAGUUUUAUUGUAUUGUGUUGUAUAAUUCUGUUAUCUGUUUAUAAAACAUUUAGGAGAUAAGUUGGUGAUUUGUAUAUAUCAGCAGUUGUUCUGAAUUUUAAUCUAACAAUGGUAAGCGUUUUUUUUUUUACCUAACUUGACUGUUCUAUUGAGUAAUAAUAUUAACGAUGAAUCGAAGUAAUUGGUUUAUAGCUACCUGCUUAAACCUUGGGCUGCCAAAUCUUUCCAUCUUAUAUAUUGCAUCAAGUUUACUCUGUUUUUAUUUGUUUUAAUCUAUCCAAAUAUGACCUUGGAUCAUGUGAAAUACUCAUGCGAACUUUUAAAAACGUAUCAACCUACCGCUAUGAAUUUAACAAAUGUAAUUAACAAACGACCGUGCGCUUUAAAGUGAACCGAAUCACAUUAAAUGACUGCUCGAAAUAAUCAGCUCGAACUGUAGAUUCCUAAUAAGAUAGACUAUUUAAAAUACCUUCUAUGUUCUAAUAUUUAUUGUAAUACUUGUGUAAUAAUAUAAUAAAAAACUUGGUUCCAUAA